AAAAUACAGUUUCCAUCCACGACAGAGAGAGACACACACAGAGGUCGCCGGCAGGAAUGGUUUGCUUCUGUUUUCUGAUCCACCAAAGGAGGACGGUACGGCGGACGAAGCCGGUGGCUGGAACGUGCUCCCGCUGCGGACGGGGAGCUCGGGUGGCGGAAAUGGAAACCUCCACCACAUUUUGCCGGAUUCCCAUCCACUCCACCUUCUGGAAGGCCAUCAUUUGUUCCACUUGUGGCGCUCUUCUUAAAUCUUACAGAUAAAUCUCACUUUCCCUCUUCCUUUUUUUUCCCAAUAUUUUCUUGGAUUUUUUUUUUUUAAUAUUUAAUACUGUAAUAAC